AAUAUAUAUUUUUUUUGGAAAGAUUUUUAUAUGGGUUUAUGUUUAAAAUUAGAAAGUUGGUUGCUUUAUGUUUAAAAAUUAAAUCUUUUUUGGGUUUUCAUGAAACCCAUUAAGAUUCACGCAAAGGGUUUUACAUUUAUGUAGUUCUGUUAAACCCAAUUAGUAAUUUAUUUACUGAAAAUCAAGAAAAAGUGGUUUUUCUUAUUGUAAUUUUGUAGGUAAUUUAUUUUGGGUUUUUCAAAGGUAAAUUUGUGUGCAUUAAGGGUAAAAAUGGAGGAUUGUGAUCAAUGCAAGGUGUUUGUUGGUGGAAUUUCAUGGGAAACAACAGAAGAGGUGUUGAGGGAGCAUUUUAGGUACUAUGGGAAUGUAGUUAGUUCAGUAAUUGCUAGAGACCGAAUUACGGGUAGUCCUCGUGGGUUCGCUUUUGUUUCGUUUGCAGAUUCAUCAGCUCUUGAUAAAGUUCUUGGUGACAGUCAUAAUAUCCUUGGCAGAACGGUUGAAGUGAAAAAGGCUGUACCAAAAGGUGAACAAAACCAAAUUCAGCAAGAACAGAAUCGUGGACAGAGUAGGAAUUACAGAAGCAAUGGUAUUAAAAGCAACGAUAAUUACUUAAAGACUAAAAAGAUUUUUGUAGGUGGGUUGUCUGCUAACUUAACUGAAGACGACUUCAAAAUCUACUUUGAAAAAUUUGGUAGAAUAACUGAUGUGGUUGUGAUGCAUGACAACGUGACCCACAGGCCACGUGGGUUCGGGUUCAUAACUUUUGACACCGAGGAUUCCGUCGAAGAAGUUAUGCAGAGAAACUUCCAUGAAUUGUGUGGUAAACUUGUGGAGGUUAAAAGGGCAGUUCCUAAAGAGAUUAGUGGCGGCACUACUAGUGGCAAUAGGGAAUCUAACUUUAAUGGUCAUCAACAGGCUCAGUUUAGACCUACAUACGAGGUUCUUCCUGCUUAUGGACCGUUUCCAGGAUAUGGUGGUUAUCCUUUCGGUGGCGGUGUCUAUGGUGGUGCCUAUCCGGUUAGUGGGUAUGGGUUAACACCCGUUUCGCCAAGGGUUCCAUGGGGUGGUCCUGCAAUGGUCAGCAUGAGGGCCAGUCCAUUGCCAUUACCAGUUUUUCCAGCUUACUUAAAUGGUGGGUUAAUGGGCAUGGCAGCGAAUGGAUAUAACGGAAUUGUGGGACCCGUACCGGGUGGGAUGCCUGGUCAGCUCAUUGGGAAUGUUGUAGAUAACAAUUCUUUGGGGUCAUCUGGUGGUAUGGAGGGUAGCAAAAAUGACCAAAGUGGUGUUGGAGGUAACAUGGUCUGAAGACUGAACUGACUACUAGAUUGGAAAACUUUCUCAUACUGAUUUGGGCUUGAGGGUAUUUUGGUCAUUUAACCAUGAUACCUUUUUGUUUUAGGCACCUCUAACUGUGGAUGGGAUAAAAAGAUGUUGGUUUCUGUGUAUCAUUUUCUAGUGUUUUUUUAAUAAUUCAUGAAUUCUGGAUCUGGGUUUAUGUAAAAUAGUUUCUUUAAAUUCAAAUUUAUGUUUAUUUGGUUA